GCUUAUAACCGGGGUGAUAGUCCGUGGGACACACAGCUUACCAUGUUUGAGCACAUUCCUUCACAAGAUUCCUUCCCGUCGGUGCUAAGUGCGGCACCGGCAUCAUAGGUGCAGAACCUUCCCGCCGGACUGUCGUGCAUUAGGUAUUUAACCAUCGCACCACGCUUUCAUACAUAUAUUUGGGUCAUAUGUAGGUGGGUGUGCUCUUCCUACCCUCCCUCGUGUGGUUUUAGAAAAUUGAGGGCAUCGAAAAUAAAUCCAUGAAAACUAGUCGGUAGGAGAUGAGUGAGAAGGAAGUGAAAGAAAUAAUAAUCAACUAGUAAACAUAAAUGCAAUGGAAAUCAUUUUAAAAGCAUCUUUGCAUUAAAAUAUAGACUUGCAAAACUAUGCAAAAACUUAAGCCAAGUGCAUUCAUAGGGCACAUGGCUUAUAUGCCAAGCCGAGUGUUUCCACAUGGCGCACGGCUUAUAUGCCAUGUAAGCCGAGUUUUUUUGUAGAUGGCGUGUACAUCAUGUAAACCGAGGACUUCUUAGGACCAGAGCUCGCGAGGACCACCACUUGCGAGUGCCGCGACCUCCCGGAGCCCGUGCUGCUCGCGGGGUGCGUGCCGCUACACGACGCCGAUCUCCUCGAGCCCCUCCAGAACCGUUCUGACCCCGUGUACCAGCUCAUGAUCGACCUCGGGCGCAACUACCUCCUCGCGGAAGGUUUCAUCGUCAACACCAUGGACGCGUUGGAGCACGAGACGCUGGUGGCAUACAAAGAGCUUUCUAACAAGGGCGUGUACCCACCGGCAUACGCUGUGGGUCCAUUCACCCGGCGGUGGUGCCCCGACUCCGAUGAGGUCAAUCACAGCUGCUUACGGUGGCUGGACAACCAGCCGGACGGCUCGGUCUUGUACGUGUCCUUCGGCAGCGGCGGCACGCUGUCCACGGCGCAGACGGCCGAGCAGAGGAUGAACGCGGUGAUGCUGUCGUCGGAUCGGGUGGGCCUGGCGUUAUGGGAGAGGCCUCCCCUCGGUAAGGACGGAGUGGUUGUCCCUCGGGAGGAGGUGGCGGCGCUGGUCAGAGAGCUUAUGGAAGGGGAGAAGGGCGCCGCGGCGCGGAAAAAGGCUGGUCACCUCCGGGAUGAGGCCGAGAUUGCUUCGGCGCCGGGUGGGCCUCAGGAUCGAGCUCUCGCGGUAGUGGCUGGCAUGGUUUCCUUGCAUCGGAAGAGCCGCGCUGUGUAAAGAGGAGGCUCACUAAAAGAACUGAAUAAGAGGCAUGGUGGCUGAAGUUUUAUUCUUGAUUUAUGUUUGUAUCGACUGCUAUGUGUAUACAUUUAAAUAUAGAAUUCGAAAAUCCAUAUCUACACCCGAGCUCAUCUGCACCCGUGCUGACGAAAAAGAUCAAGACAAAUACUAUAAAAAUUCAAAAAAUUCCAAUUUUUUUGUGUGGUAGACAA